GGACCUGGGUGCAGCCGGAUGCUUUGUGAAACUUUAAAAAUGUUGCAUCUCUGCUUCUCUCCCUGCCCAGGAGCCCUCCCAGGCGCUGAGUCCCUGCAGCGGCAGCAUCCAGCCACCGACCCAGCUCCUGCUGACCAAGAUGUCGGCUUUUCCUACAUAGAACACAGAGGCACAAAGUCAAGGCAUGCGAGUAAAGGCCGGGGAUCCGGAGAGGGCGCGGGCCACGCUGUGGCUGCUCCCACUCAGCGCCUGUCCCGGAGGGCAGAGGCCCAGAGGCCGAGUUGGCCGCUCCGGACGUCCGCGUACCCCAGGCCCCCGCCCGCCCUACCACGUAUCCACUGUUGUGUCCUGGGACAUGCGGCGCGGACCCUGCGCGCCCAGAAGCGGCGACUGGGGGAGCUAGAGGCUCACAGUGAACCUGGGACCGGGAUAGAGCGCGCCGGCUGCAAUGAGCCUAGCAGUGGCGGUCCCUGCGCGGACCAGGGACGCCCGCCCGCGGAGUCCGGAGCCGAUCGAGGAACGGGGUGGUGGGGCUGCGAAAAACCGAAGGUGUAUCAAGGUGUCCGAGUGAAGAUCACAGUGAAGGAGCUGCUGCAGCAAAGACGGGCACACCAGGCGGCCUCCGGGGGAACCCGGUCCGGAGGCAGCAGUGUCCACCUUUCAGAUCCAGUUGCACCAUCUUCUGCAGGACUAUAUUUGGAACCUGAACCAAUUUCUUCCACGCCCACUUAUUUUCAACGGGGAGAAUUUUCCAGUUGUGUUUCAUGUGAAGAAAACUCAAGCUGCCUCGACCAGAUCUUUGAUUCCUACCUUCAGACAGAGAUGCACCCGGAGCCUUUGCUCAAUUCCACACAAAGUGCUCCGCACCAUUUCCCAGACAGCUUCCAGGCCACCCCUUUCUGCUUUAACCAGAGCCUGAUCCCGGGAUCACCUUCAAAUUCCUCCACUCUCUCUGGCUCCUUAGACUACAGUUACUCACCAGCUCAGCUGCAUUCAUAUGCUCCAGAGAAUUACAAUUCCCCUGCUUCUCUGGACACCGGAACCUGUAGCUACCCCCCAGAAGACCAUUGUCACCACCACUUGCCCUCACACGCCCAGUACAGCUGCUUCUCCUCAGCCACCGCCUCCAUCUGCUACUGCGCAUCGUGUGAGGCAGAGGACUUGGAUGCUCUCCAGGCGGCAGAGUACUCCUACCCAAGCACAAACUGUGUGGACUUUGCCCCCUCAGCAGCCGCCGCCAGUGAUUUCUAUAAGAGGGAAACAAACUGUGACAUCUGCUAUAGUUAAUAGAAAUUACAGUAAUUCAGAACAUGGCACGGGUAUAUCUAUGUUUCUACCACGUCUAGAUGACAGUGCAAAAUAUGCAACUUGGUAACACAAUAUCCGAAGCACAGUUUACAUGUCACUAUUUCCAAUUUUCUGAUGCUAGGCAUUCAUAUGAAGUCCUCAAACCCGGUCAUUGUGCCACUCCUACUUUGUAUGCUCAUAGUUUAAAUUUUUAUAGGAAACUUUCAAUUGUUUUACCUGUUUGUGUAAUGAACAAAUGCUCUCUCCUUCUUUUUUUACUAAUAAAUAAUUUUGUAUUACUAA